AUGCCUUGCUCCUCGGCGGCUCCUCCGUGGCUAGUGCGCGUGGUGGGUGCCAACGCCGACCAGGCGUCGUCGUCGUCCUCGUCCAAGGGAGGCGCGCGCGUGCUCACCGCCGGGACGACCACCAUGGACACGGGUGCCACGGCUGCAGCAUACUACGGCGGUGGCGGGGCAGGGUGCAAUGCCGCCGACCCUCAGGAGAGCAGCAGCAGCGGGCAGUCCAGGCUCGCGGCCCGCGGCCACUGGCGCCCCGCCGAGGACGCCAAGCUCCGGGAGCUGGUCGCGCUCUACGGGCCGCAGAACUGGAACCUCAUCGCCGAGAAGCUCGACGGAAGAUCUGGGAAGAGCUGCCGGCUUCGGUGGUUCAACCAGCUGGACCCUCGGAUCAGCAAGCGGCCGUUCAGCGACGAGGAGGAGGAGCGGCUGAUGUCGGCGCACCGCUUCUACGGCAACAAGUGGGCGAUGAUCGCGCGGCUCUUCCCCGGCCGCACCGACAACGCCGUGAAGAACCACUGGCACGUCAUCAUGGCGCGUAAGUACCGCGAGCAGUCCACCGCGUACCGCCGCCGGAAGCUCAACCAGGCCGUCCAGCGCAAGCUGGACACCUCCUCAGUGGUAGCCGCCGGGCACGUGGACGUCGUCGGCCACCACCACCACCACCUCAUGGCCGCCGCCGCCGCCCACGACUCUGCCGGCUUCACGGACCCCUACGGCUUCAGCUUCCGGCACUACUGCUUCCCCGCCGGCGCCGUGGCUGCCUCGGCCGAGGAGCCUGCCUUCUGCUUGUUCGCCGGUGAGUAA